AAAAUGGCAUUAGCAGCAACCCUGAACAAGGCUGACAUCACUGCAGCCCUUGCAGCCUGCCAAGCUGCCGACUCCUUCAAGCACAAGGAUUUCUUUGCUAAGAUCGGCCUGGCUGCCAAGAGUGCUGAUGACAUCAAGAAUGCCUUCAAAGUCAUUGACCAGGACAAGAGUGGCUUCAUUGAGGAGGAUGAGCUGAAGCUGUUCCUGCAGAACUUCUCCGCCUCUGCCAGAGCCCUGACCGCGGCUGAGACCAAGGCCUUCCUUAAGGCUGGUGACAGCGAUGGUGACGGCAUGAUCGGAAUGGAUGAGUUUGCCGCCAUGGUCAAGACCUAAAUGAAGAACAGACCAACAUCUUACUUCACUACCCUAAAGGAACAACUUGAGCCAAGACAUACUCCUCCUCUCUUCUUCUCCUCUUCCCUCUCACUCUCUCUCUCUUUUCAA